CGAGCCUUGUGCGCGGCAGAGAAAGUGAAGUGGAAUCUCAGGGUUUGUCGGCUUGUCAAGUGAAUGUUGAAGUGAGGGUGUGUUCGCCAUUUACCUGGACGGCCAUCAGUGCUCUUGUGACUACUUUACUAAACGAGGACACAGAUACAACUGUACAUUUGUAUUUAUUGUGUUAACGCUGGCUACUCUUCUGAAGAAAGCAGGGUCCGGAUUAAAGGAUGUGAAGAAGGCUCUGAGUUGGGGCUCCAAGAUGAGUGUGACGUCAUGGUUCCUGGUCAGCAGCUCAGGUACAAGACAUCGGUUGCCACCAGAGAUGAUCUUUGUAGGCCGGGAGGAGUGCGAGCUCAUGUUGCAGUCGCGCAGUGUGGACAAGCAGCAUGCAGUCGUCAACUACAACCCAGCCACAGACGAGCACAUGGUGAAGGACCUGGGCAGCCUGAACGGGACUUUUGUGAAUGAUCUGAGAAUCCCAGACGAGACUUACAUUACCCUGAUGCUCUCUGAUGUCAUCCGCUUUGGAUAUGAUUCUCAUGUGUACAUCCUGGAGAGGAGUCAACACAAGGUGCCAGAGGAGGCUCUCAAACAUGAGAAGUACACCAGCCAGCUGCAGAUGAGUAUGAAGGCACUGGAGGCCAGGAAGAAGGAGAAGGAGAGGCAACAUGCUAAGGAGAAGACCAGAGACUCAUCCUGCUUCAAACAGGAGAAAGCCGAGCAUAAAGCUGCCCUCGCAGCAGUGGCCAGCGAGACUCCAGUGUCCAGACCCACUCCUCUGUAUGGGCAGCCGUUGUGGUGGGGGGAGGAUGAUGCUGAACACAGUGGAGGACAGCGGCCAGACGAGGACCCUGCAGAGAAUACUAAAGAGGGCUCCAGACAUGAGAUCAGCGGCUCCCUGUCAGACAGCCAGGCCAAGACAAUCUACUCACACCACAGGGAGCCAAGCUACUUUGAGAUACCCACCAAGGAGUUCCAGCAGCAGGAGCUCCAUGAGGUUCCCACUAAGGACACUGACCCCCCUUCUCUCCCUGUCCCUGUUCUCCCUCCAGUCCCCACCUCCACGCCCCCUGGGGUGCAGAGCCACGCCUCCUUCACCAUUGAGUUUGAUGAAUGCACACCAAGCAAGAUCAAGAUCAAGGACCAUGUGACAAAGUUUUCCUUCCACCAGCAACGCAAGCUCCCGGGUAAGGAGGCGGUGACAGCGCCCACUGAGGUGAUAUCAGCGGAGUGCAAGGUGGCUGAUUGGCUGGUCCAAAGCGAUGUGAGCAUGAUGAGGAGGUGGUCUCGGACAGAGGACAUGUUCAGCUCAAAGAGUGGCCUGACCAUCUGCAACGAGGCUUCCACAGGCCACCACCAUGAGGAUGGGACUCGGAGUGACUCUGAGGAUCCUGUUGUAAACGGGAAACGGGCUAUACAAUUAAAGCCACCGAUGGGCCCUCACAAAUCUCUACCACCCCAGCUGGCCCUCCCUAGACCCUUCACCAACCCUGACUCAGCGGAUCCUCAGUCUCACUCCCCUCCUCCAAGCCAGGACAAAGCAGACCCCCAGCAGGGCUUCGUCAUUGAGUUCUUUGACGACAAUCCACGCAAGAAGCGCUCACAGUCCUUCACCAACAACACAGGCCAGCUCGACAGCCCGGCCUUCAGGAACAAGCCGGAGAAAAGGUGCGACCCCAGCACCCCCACCCAGCAGUACACCAUUCCCUUGAAGGGCCCGGGUUCUGGAGGCCCCAAGAGGGCCGGCUCCCUGAGGAGGGAGAAGAUGGAGGAUCGGAUCAGUAACGACAUCUCCUGCUCCAUCCCUCCCAGGCUGUUUAGAAGUGUGGGACGCAGGUCCAAACUGGCCCAGGACUUCACGGCUGAGUUCCUGAGGGAGUCCAGACAGGAGUCUAGGCCGAGCAUGAACACAACCUGGGUGAAGAAUACAUCUCCUCUGUCUCCUACCACCAGCCCCCCACCAACAGUAGAGGCAAUAGCACCCCACUCCCACCCCCACCAGACCACACCAAGCCCCCCUCAGCCAUACCUGACUCAGACUUCAUCCUGUACCCACCAGUCUGCACCCCUGAAAGCCCCUCUAAUGCCCAUGGCCCCACGCAGCCUGGAGGCCCCACGCAGCCUGGAGGCCCCACGCAGCCUGGAGGCCCCACGCAGCCUGGAGGCCCCACGCAGCCUGGAGGCCCCACGCAGCCUGGAGGCCCCACGCAGCCUGGAGGCCACAAGCCCCAAAGGCCUGGGGAACGAGGAGGAUGAUACCUUGAGUGAAGCAGGGACCUACACCAUUGAGACAGAGGUCCAGGAUAAAGAGGUGGAGGAGGCACGCAGCAAGAUAGAACAGGUGUUUGUUGUUGUUGAGGGGCCAGAGCAGCCCGGCCAGACUGCAGCAGCAGCAUGUAAGCCUGUUGAGUUUCAGGACAGGGAGGAGCGUAGGGAGAGUAGCUUGGUGGAUCUGAUGCCAGCUCCAGGGCAGGGACAGAAUCUGGUGCAGGUACCUGGUGGCUCUAAGUGGGUGUCUUGCUGGGCCAGCCUGGCAGACAGCUACACACACUCUGGCCCUGCCUCAGGCCUCUUCGAAAUCCCCUCACAGAUGGACCUGUCAGGAGGAGUUGGUGGGAGGACCGUCCAUCAGGCAACGCUCAGUCGGAACAUCAAUAGUGUGGAAUCGGAAGGCCCGAGUUCCAAAACACAGCGUAUUCCUUCUCAGGCACCAACGAUGGAAAUUAAUGAGACUCCAACUCCCAGCAUUCUUAUCCAUCAGGACACUUACUCUACCUAUGAUAUCAAAGAGAGGAGCUUCAGAGUCCUUGGACCACAGGAGGACCUCCACAACCUGUCUGUACAGGACGACCUUGACCAAGACAGCCUGAGUGAUGCCAGUAAGUCAGACGACGGCUCCAUCGUGGAGCAGAGGAAGAUGCCCACACCAGAGAGGACAGACAAGAGUACAUCUCAGAGCAGUGAAAAGGAGAGGCCCACACUCCCAGCCAAGUCUACAUCAUUCUACAUUGGCUCUAAGGAGAGUGUGUCUAAACAGGAGCGGGGAUCCAGACCCAAUACACCCAGGAUUGAGAGAAAACCACCACCACAUCCCAACACACCACAGUUCUCCACAGCCACCCUGACCAAACAACAGGGUGGACAAGAAUUUCAGAAGACAGUCAAGCUCAACUCAUCAGCUCCCAAGCUUGACUACCAGGGCAGAGUCAGCCCUGAGCCCAACGAGAUGUCAGUGUCUCUGGUCAGGCAGGAGAGUUUCAUUAAGGACCAGCCAAGUGAUGCUGCGGUCACCAGACUCCCACACAUCUCCAGCCAGCCUGCUCUGAAUGACCCUGACCCUGCUGAGGCGUUCCAGGGUGUUUGCGGCCAGGACACCCACUCCUACCUCAAUGGGCCCGAGGAUGCUCUGGCUGCCCUGGCGGCCAAGCUCCAGGCCCAGCCGCCUGAUGUUGUUCCUCGCCCCAUAGAUGACUCUCUAUCUGGGGAGUCUGACAUGGACUCAGCGAGCACUGCCAGCCUGCGCAACAACCAGACUGCCCCCAAGACUGGAUCCAAGAAGCCCUUGUUCACUAGUGGCCUUCAGAGGGAGAGGUCCUCUGCCAGCUCCUUCACCCAGGAGCCCAGUUGCCAGCAGUCAGCCUUCAAUCGCCUGUCCGAGAGGCGGCGGUCCCAGAGAGUGGACAGCAGCAGGAAGCCUGAACAAGACAGGAGGCUGGGAAUGAGAUGCUGUGUUGUAAAACAUUUAAAACAUGGCACCAUGGACCUGAGUGACGACCCCCAGAGCUUCAGCUUACCCUACUUGCCUGAAACCAUCUCCUCAGACCAGGAGGUCCCCCGGCCCGCUGCAUGCAAGAAGUACACCGUCCCCCUGCAGAAGGAGGAUCCCACUAAGUCCUCCAAAGUGGCCCAGGCCCUAAGCCGCUCCAACAGCAUGUCUGCCCCACGGCCCACAAGAGCUUCAUUGCUUCGCCGGGCUCGCCUGGGCGAGGCAUCCGACAACGAGGUUACAGAGACAGACAGAAUCUCCCAGAACUCCCAGGAAGUCAGUGGGACCUCCAAGGCCUCCCAGGACAGUAAGAAGCAGCUCUCCAGGCUGGACAUGCUGGCUCUGCCCCGGAAGAGGACUAGCUCCUUCACCACUCCCAGUGAUACAGAGUCCUCAGCACCCAGGACAGGCUUCUCCAACCGCAGCACAGAGUCCAACAGCGGCUCUGGCCUUAAGGCCUCCGUGGCCGGGCCCAGCACUAAGCCUGCGCUAGGCAGGGCCUCUGGAGCUUCAGGCAAGCUCAUCACCCGCGUCCGCUCCAGCAGUGCCAAAUACACCAGCAGCACAGCCAGCUCUAGACGACGACAGAAAGGCUCUGACUACACCUCCACCUCCGAGGAGGAAUUUGACUCUAACCAGAGCACCCUUAAACACAAACGCUCACACCCCUCAGCUUCCCGCUCCCAGCCUCUCAUCCCCCCACGCCCCAAACCCCGCUCACAAGACUCGGACCAGGAGAGUCACGAGGGAGACGCCUACCAGAACUGGUCCUCUCACAGUGCUGAGAUAGCAAGACUGAGUCAGGACCUGGCUAAAGAUCUAUCCGUCCUGGCCAGGGAGAUCCAUGGUGUGACUGGUGAUGCUGAUCCUCAGAGCUCUUCUGCAGUGGAGGCCAAUACACCUGUCUCUACCAUCACCGCCAGGGAGGUGUUGGUCCAUCCCAUCCCAGAGGCUGCUGGUGUGAACUACCUUAGAGUUCCUCCUGGAUCCGCUGCAGCCAGGGACCCCGACCAAACCAUUAUGAAUGACCAGGAAUACAACUCUAAGCACAGAGGAUGGAACCAGGAAGUGGUUGUUGUGGAUGAUCUGAUGUUGAAUCCAGUGUCCCAGAUCUCUCUGGCUAUUCGAGAAAACACAGAGCAGCUAGCUGAGAAAAUAAAGGUACUAUUCCACAACAAAACUGACGUUUGGGGAGAGAUUGAAUCAAAGCUCAAUACUGAAAAUGACAUCCCUGUCCUGAAAGGCUCAAACAAGGAAAUCACAGCUAUUCUGAAAGAGCUCAGAAGAGUUCAGAGACAACUUGAAGUCAUCAACACUAUCAUUGAGCCCAGUGGAAAUCUUGAGCCAGCCAAAGCCUCCACUCCUAGUGCCGCCUCCACUCCUAGUGCCCCCUCCUCAGCCGGUUUGAAGCCAUCCAGGGCCCCUUCGAGAUACUGGAGAACCUCGGGUUCCCAGCGGGGUGGGGUUCCCUCUUCCAGCUCCAGGCCCAGUGAGAGUGUCAGGAGAUCAGUUGUGGCCUCUGAGGCAGAGAGCUACGUGGUCUGAGGUUUUGGAACACAGUGCCUCCCCUUCACUGCUACAUCACAAUUCCAGGUGUUGAGAGAGUGGAUUAGAGGGGGAAAUAGGCACUGCUAGAGAGAACUGUGGCCCCACCGCACAAAGACACUACUGUACUGUGUGUGCACUACUAGACAACUGCAAUGCGCAUUGAACUGCCAUGGUGUGAGAAAGGGGUUGAAUGAGACACAAAACCAUGCAGUGGUUAGUUCAGUCGAGGGAAAAUCACUUUAAAGGCCAUUGCAACUGUUUUUAUAUCAAUAAAAAAAACAAUUCUGGAUAACAUAUAAGGACCUUACUGUAAUAGAUAUAUAUUCAAAUUGACAAAAAUAACUUUUUACACAAACUAUUUCUCAAGCAAGAAUUUUGCUAGGACUGUCUGAGUGGAGAAGAAAAACUGAAAACUAGCUGUUCUUGGCAGAGGUUUGGAACUCUUUGUUAUUGUUAUUGGUCUAUUAACCAAUUUACCGCAUGGUGAUGUCACCAUGGAAAGCCGAAAUGUCCGCCCAUGCAAACCUGCUGAUUAGAAGGACCUGUCUAGAUUGUAUUUUCAACCAACAACUCCAGGAUCAGUGUUAGUUUCAUCAGCUGUUGAACAAUAUGAUACAAAACACAUAAACAGAAUUUUGACCACACUGGGCCUUUAAGACGAGGUCAUUAUUCUGCCAUAUACCCUUGUUGAUCUCACGCUCAGAAAACUUAUGCAUACUUGCAUUUGAUUGAUUGAUUUCUAUAAUUUUAUUAAUUGGGGAAAUUUUGCUGCAAUCAGCUAGAGCACAGUAUAUUUAAAAACAGCUUGAGUAUAUUUUAUUUAAGGACGUAUAUAUUACUAAAGUAAUUAACUAAUACAAUUAAAGCAUAUUUUGACUUUGCUUGAUUAAAUGUACAAGUAAAGAAUUUAUAUUUAUAUUCCUUGAUAGGUUUAUUCAAGACUUCAUCACUGCUUUCUUUGAAUACUCACUUUCUUUUGACUACUUUCUCCCUCUAUGGACCAGACCUAUUGAAGAAUGGCUAAAGUAUUUAAUUGUAAUGAUUUAUAUAUUAUUAAAGAGUUUAUACAUUUGCACUUGGACACUUGCUUUUGCGCAAAUAGAAUGUUAUUUUCCUGGUCUCUUAAACGACAUUGAGGCAUUUUUUUAAAUGCAAUGUAAGAAUGGCUCUAGGAGUCAUUGCUUUACAAGGUAUCUCAUGUUGCCAGUAGAAACUUUUGCGUAUGUAUUCUCUAGAGUCAAAGGUAGACAUCAGGUCUGCUUCCUCAUGCACUCUCUGACACUAUAGAUUUCCUUGUUCUCAGAACUGAAAGUCUGUGUGGAAUGUAUGUAUGGUUAGGUGGGCAGGGCUGGGGGGCUUAGUGCUGGGGUAGAACGUUCGUUUUAAUCACCUAGCAACAGCCAACUGCUGUAUCUGCGUAGCUCAGCCCAGCGAUUUUAGGCUUUGAAACAGAAUAAAACAAAGGACUCAUUCAGGGCUUCUACCAGCUAGCGCCAUUUGGAAAGUGUGUUUGUAUUGCUGAUAGGUUUGAUUGUCAUAACUGGUCAGUUGAUUGCACAGCUUUCAAUAAUGUGGUCAGACAUACAGUGAGCUCUAAAAGUAUUGGGACAGUGACACAUUUGUUGUUUUGGCUCUGUACUCCACAGCACUUUGGUUUUGACAUGAUAUAAUGACUAUGAGGUUAAAGUGCACACUUAACUUUAAUUUGAGGGUAUUUUCAUCCAUAUCGAGUGAACCAUUUAGAAAUUACAGCACUUUGGUUUUGACAUGAUAUAAUGACUAGAGUGAACCAUUUAGAAAUUACAGCACUUUGUACAUAGUCCCCCCAUUUUAGGGGACCAAAAGUGUUGGGACAAAUUCACUUGUGUAUUAAAGUUGUCAAGUUUAGUGUUUGGUCCCGUAUUCCUCGCACGCAAUGACAAUGAUUUUAUCAAGCUUGUGAAUCUACAACAUUGUUGAUGCAUUUGCUGCUUGUUUUGGUUGUGUUUCAGAUGAUUUUGUGCCCAAUAUAAUGAUUUGUCAUUUUGGAGGUACUUUCAGAACAUAAUGUUUCCAAACACUUCUACAUUAAAUGUGGAUGAUACCAUGAUUACUGCUAAUCCUGAAUGAAUUGUGAAUAAUGAUGAGUGGGAAAGUUACAGAUGCACAAAUCAUACCCUGAUAUUGUAAUGGUGAGAGGUUUGUGUGUCUUGGGGUAUGAUAUUAUCAUGGUAGCAUCCACAUUUUAAUGUAGAAGUGUUUAGAAAUAUUAUAUUGUUAUUUACAAUAAAAGUGACUAUAUAAAAUUACACCGUACAUUAUUUAUCAUUCAUUUCUAUUGGGCACAAAAUAAUCUGAAGCGCAGCCAAAAUAAACAGCAAAUGGUUUUGGUCCCCUAAAAUGGGAGGACUAUGUACAAAAAGUGUUGUAAUUUCUAAAUGGUUCACCUGAUAUGAACAAAAAUACAUUCAACUUAAAGUAGUCAGUCUGCACUUUAACCUCAUAGUCAUUGUAUCAUUCAAAUCCAAAGUGCUGGAAUACAGAGCCGAAACAACAACAAAAAGUGUCACUGUCCCAAUACUAUUGAAGCUCGCUGUAUCUCAGGGCAGUGUACUUUCUGUCCCCUUCUUGAUUCCCCUUUCUUGGUUGAAAUCGUCAUCUGUGGCUUCAAUUUUGCCAAAGAAUACCAAUGAUACUUGUCUUGUAGAAGUGAUUAUUAUUAACACUUUACUGACUUAAAUGCCCUCUGACAGUUUUCAGUGUCGCUUUCUGGAGAUAUUUUCUCCAGUCUCAUUGCUGUACACUCCUUCAUUCCACCAAUAAGCACACCACACUACAUGAACUCCUGUGAUGUUGAUGUCAGUUUUAAAGGACUGUAAUCAGGUGUCAACAGCAAGAUGCACUUGCUGUUUCUUGUUUUGUUCUAAUCAUUCAUCAUAAUUGUGAGCAGAAAUGUUGCGCAGUUAUACAUUAAAUCAAAAUGUCAUGCUAUAUGUACAUAUCUAAGACUUGAUGAUCUAGAGAUGACCACACCAUCUUGUAUUUUGCACUAGUGUAGUACCAUUGGGACCCUUUAAUCUUAUGCUGAGAAGCUACACAUUAAGCCACCUUUUUUUACUAAGGGGGAUGCUCUCAUUCUGUUAGAUUGUAUAAAUGAUAUCCUGUCCGGAAGGAAAGGAGACUGAAAAUGCAAUAAAAUAAAGGGACUACAGUCCACAAGUGCUUGUCCUUUUCCCAACAGUUUGUGUAGCUGUAUAUGAAAUUGUAAAAGGAAUUUCCCUCAGUGCCACAAAGCCUUUUGGGAUAUAUGGUUUCAUACCACAAAGUACAGUUCUUGUUUACACCCAUGGGCUCAGUUAAAUCUGUCUCUGAGGUUUUGAUUGCUAUGACACGAAGUGCUGCUGCUAUUCUGCUUUGUGGACGUUUUAUUAUAUUUCUCCAUCAAAAGAUCCAGUUAAACACUUUUAAUUGAGAAAUAUAUUGAUGUCAUAUGUCAGUCAAAUGUUGUAUACCUAGCUCAUAUCCCUUUAAAGUCAUCAGUCACCAUGGUUUGUUUUUUGGGUUGGUUGGCUCUUGCACCCUAAAAGUAAUGUUAAGUUCCACAUCCUUCAGCAUCUGUUAUUUAUGAUGUUUUCCAGAAUGAAUUUAUUGGAAAGGUUAUACAUUUUGUGCAAAGUUUAGAGAAUGUGAUAACAUGUUGUAAUAAAGAGAUUUGUAAUCAA